AUGCAAGAUGGGUUUUCGCAGCAGUGGGCCGAAGAGGCCGGCAGGCUUGUGCUCGCCGAGAUUGGUUCCCCAACGGAAGACACAUUCGUGUCACUCAUUCACCUAACAAUGUUCUGGUACUGUCAGGGCAAAUGGCGGCGUGCAUACAUGUUCGGAUGCAAUAGCAUAUGCGCGGCUCGACUUUUGGACCUUUUCGACUCUGCCCAUACAAAUAGGGCUGACUUGUCGGCUGAGAUCAGCCGGAGGAGGUUUUGGGCCGCCUAUAUCAUCUGUCACACAUCCAGCAGAUCUGACUUGUUUGAUGUUCCGCGAGCUUCAAUAGAGCAAUUAGGUCUACCGUGUAAUGAAGAUGACUUUGCUCUCGGUAACCUGCCUGAACAACUCGUGGCUCUAAAUGACCGCGUACGGAUUCCUAGCUUCUAUGCGGAAAUGAUUAGACUUGGUGACCUCUGGCGCCUGGUGCGUCUGCUUGUACGAGAUACGGGACUGUCCGCUGAUGAGAAGACCGUGAAUAUCCAAAAUCUAGACAUGGAACUUCACCAGUGGCGCCAGCAUCUCCCAAACAGAUUUGUGCUAACACCCACAAGCGUUGAAACCUCUUCGCCGGCCGUUCUGUCCCACCUCCUUCUACUGAACAUCGUUUUUCAUCAAUGUUUAUGCGUUUUACACUCGUCAAUUGUUCCACUCUUCACGUUUGGGCCCGGAGGAGAGACCCUCCCUCACGUUCAAUCCUCAUCCGCGCAGACAUGCUUCGAUCAUGCGAACCAAAUGACCACCAUAUUUGAAAUUGCUCUUCCAUGGUGCACAUCGCACGCGCCUGGUUUUGUGGGUUAUGCCGCCUACUGCGCCUCGGCUAUUCAGCUGCCUUUCCUGUGGUGCAACAAUCCAGAAGUCAGCAUGCGUGCAUUUGCCAAUAUUAGAGUGAAUGCUAAAGUAUUAAAUGGUAUUGGGAAACGGUGGAAGUUUGUUGCCGGUUUGGAAAAACACGCUCAAACCCUUCGGCAAUACCAUGAAAAUCGCGGCUCUGAAUUAGCCGAUAAGCCCGUGGGCCUGGCUAUCUCCCAGCUGAACGAGUGCAUUUGCAUCUUCGCUCGCACGAGAACGUCCCUCCUUGGCCACAAUGACAUAGUAUAUGCUUCGGGAUGCAUCCCAGAUUGUGGCAAAAUUGACGCGCUAGAAGUCAAUAACGAUGUCGAAGAAUGGUUGCAGAAUCAAACUUCCUCCGUGCAAAUAUCGGGAUCGGCCGAGUAUCCUCAAUCCCAGCAGAGUCUAUCCGAUAUGCUGUUGGAACCAUAUUACCUAUCGGAUGAUUUCAAUAUUCUGCUGAGUUAA